AUGCAAAAUCAGAGGGGCACAGUAGUGGGACAAAGGUUAUACAGCAACAGUUUAGAUUGCGCCCGGAAAAUCCUCUUGAAUGAAGGUUUCCUUGGCUUCUAUCGCGGAUUAGGACCGCAACUUGUGGGUGUGGCGCCAGAGAAAGCCAUCAAGCUGACGGUGAAUGACAUCAUCAGAUCAAGAACUAUGGAUCCCGAAACAGGUCGCAUCAAGCUUGGAUGGGAGCUAGUUGCUGGUGGCACUGCUGGUGGAUGUCAAGUGAUCUUCACAAACCCGUUAGAGAUUGUAAAGAUCCGCUUACAGGUACAAGGUGAAGCAGCUAAAGCUGAGGGAGCCAUACCGAGGGGUGCGAUUCAUAUUGUACGACAGCUUGGAGUGCUCGGUCUCUACAAAGGUGCAAGCGCUUGUUUAUUGCGAGAUAUACCAUUCUCUGCUAUCUACUUCCCUGCGUAUGGCCAUUUGAAAUCGGAUUUCUUCAAGGAGGGUUAUAAUGGUAAACAGCUGUCGUUUAUGGAGACUCUGGCGGCAGCUGGGUUAGCUGGCAUGCCCGCUGCCUACCUCACUACACCCGCUGACGUCGUGAAAACUCGAUUGCAAGUAGAAGCACGCAAGGGUCAGACACACUAUAAAGGCUUACGCGAUGCAUUCGUCAAAAUCUAUCGGGAAGAGGGGUCUGGGGCGCUCUUCAAAGGUGGAACUGCUCGUGUACUCAGGAGCAGUCCUCAGUUCGGAUUCACACUGUUGGCUUAUGAGGAGUUGAAGAAAUUGUUCCCGUACCCCUGGGAUGAGAAACCGCGGAAAGUUGAGACAGCCCUAACAAGUCGCCUCAUGGAUGAUAUGUCCAAAAUCCGUGCGCGAAAUGCACUCAAGAUUCUACUGGAUGUGCAUGGGGACUUUGGACGACGGGCGGCGGCGGCGGGCGAUCUUUCCCAGUGUUGCUCGGACACAUUGUCCCAGCUACAUUUUUGUGUCCAGCCAGUAGCCUAG